AAAUGGUAGAAUUAAAUAGAAUCAGUGGGUGCAUUUGUCAGUUGUAAAAAAUUGUUUAAAAUUUGUGAAGUUUAGGAUUGUGCCAAGUAUAAUGUUUAAUUAAAUAAAUAUGGCUCAAAAUUUGCAGAAGAAGCCCUCAAAGGGCAUAUUGAAAACCUCUAGGAGUAUUGACAAUCAGGAUGGGACGCCGUCAACUAGUAAACGAGCGAAGGAACAGAGAUUUGAUGAAUUGAAUAUAAUGGAGACAUUUCAUCCACCUAAUAAGGAUUAUGGGCAUAUGAAAGUUGAUGAACCAAAAACACCUUACUCCGAAUCUAUAGAUGGUGACUUGGAGCCGGCCGAUGAGUUAGAUGCAAACAUUUUGGCAGCUAAAUUAGCAGCAAGUAUGAAUAAGCCCCCGAAAUGUGUAGAGGCAUGUGACAGUGACGAUGAGGAAGAGUCUGAGGAGGCACGGCAAAAACGGCUCGAGUUUGAAAAGAAGAGAAAAAUACAUUAUAACGAAUUUCAGGCCUUGCAGCUUGCUCGGCAAUUAAUGGCCCAGGAAGAGGAGGAGGAGGAUGAAGACAAAGCUGAAUCGACAGCCACUUGACUGCGUCGGUUGCUUCUAUAAAAUGCUAAGUGUUCCAGCUGGGUUUGAGGGUACGACUUCCGGCUUAGCAGACAAUACGAUGGGACAAUUUGUUAAUUAUUGCGCUAGGCAUCCAGUGUUCCUGUACGGCUGUAACGAAAUCAUAAGUGCUUGCUAAUUUAUACUAGACUAUGAAUAUUUAUGAAGAUCGAGUCCACUGGCAUUUUAUCCUUUUUAAAAAUCGUAAUUACUUCACCUUAUCAUUCAGACUGAUAAAUGUAACUGGUAUCUGAUAUUUUGUCGUUCUUAGUAACUAUUAUAUAUUAUGGUUGCUUUAAACCAGUCAAAACUGGUUGCGACUGAAAUAAGGGAUCAUAGAGUGAAAAAAUUAACAUAUAAAUGUUGAAUGUUUUUUUUGUAAUUGGUUCGGUAAUUCCCGAGUUUAUAUAUGUAUAUACAUACAAUCUCUCCAGCUUCAUAGUAUGCAUAUAUGAUGACAAUGUACAUCCGUGAUAUAUCUUGAUCUUCAUAAAAUUUCAUAGAGUAUUUUUUUACUAUUGUGUAUUGUGAUUGGUUUAAUUAAAACUUUAUAUGAACACUAAGCAUAAAGUAACACAGAUAUCAUAAUAAAUUGGCAAUAAGUAAUUUUACAUGUUCGAGUUUUAACCGCGAUCUCAUUUUUUUUUUUUUUUUAAUUGUAAAUCUGUACAGUCGAAGGACGAAAACAUCGGCAAAAAAAAAUUAUAUGAUCCCGGCUAAAACCCGAAUGGAAUAUAUAUAGUAUAGACAUAUAUAGAAGUAUACAAUAAUGUUAUUUUUUUUAACGAUGCAUUUUAAGUAAAACAAACGUCAAAUCAACAAUGCAUUAUAUUAUACGUGCAUAAAUUAUAUUCAAGAUGCGUCAUUGUGUUCACACUUAGAGACUUGUAACGUAAUAUUGUUAAAGAAACUUAGUAUUGAUAUGCUCUUGCAUAGUGUUGAUAUAUUCAUAAUUUAUAUGUAGUGCAUACUAACCUUGGUGUGAAGUAAUUGAUGUUGGAAGAAUACAAUCAUUUCUUAGUCAUCCAAUCUCACGUUACGCGAAUUAAUAUCAAUGUCAUCGUAUAGCCGAGGUUAAUUCAUAUCGUUUUUAUUUUUACAAUUGAAUGCCAUAAAUAUUUUAAUUGCAAAUAUUUGUCUAUGAUAUAAUAAAGGAAAUAAAUAAAUCGAUUCACCUUUAAUAUCUUAUAUUAUUCAUGUUUCAAAUAAAAUAAUAAUUUAUAAACUUUCUCACGUGCAUUAAAAUUAGACAAAAAGCUAAAUUUGGCAAAAUUUAAAUCUUAUUUUAUUUGAGUAUUUAAAAAAAAAAAGAUAUAACAUUUCGUUGUAAAUCUAUACUAAGUAGAAAGAACUAUAGUCCUAGUCUUAAUACUAGUUAUUAAUUAAUUUUAAUACAAUUUGUACAAAAUUAAAUGAAACGUAUGUAUGUAUGUAUUCCAUACAGAACUCAUGACGUAGAAAUGAUUUGUUUAAGGUUUCACGAAAAGACACUUUUUUGUGUUUAUAUUUAUGAAAAUUAUAAUUUUUUUGUUUUUUCUGUUUAUGACAUGUCUAAUUUCUCAUUAAAUUUUAUCUCUUAGCACCUUUGGACAAAUUGUAUUAGAGUUGUCUUUAUGCUUAAAAGUUUCGAAUUUAUAUUAUAAAAAGAUCUAUCUUGAAAAAUAUUUUCUUACGUCAUUAAACGCUACAAGUGUUUAGAAAUAGUUGCAAAACGAAUUGAUGUUCUUUCUAGUAUUUA